GGAGUAUCGAACAAGCUUUAAUAAUAAUGAGAAAUGCAGGUUUAAUCGGUACAUCGUCUCCCACUCUCUCCCGCGCUGAGCGAUGUGCAACUAUUAAAUUCCAAAAAUUCUAAUCCGUUCCAUCAGUCGCAAUUCGAAACCCGCCACCGGAAGUCAUGAAAACUGCCGCAGCUCGAAAACCGCCACCAGCUCCUCCGCUUACUGAUACAGACAUAAUCCAGCUAGCGCAAAUAUACCACCCCAACUCAUCUACUCCCCUUCCUCCGUUCAUCCUCAGCGAAGCCUCCCACGAGACGCUCAUCUCCUACCUCCAUGCACGCGCCGCCUCUCCCAACUCAUCAGUAUCCGUCUCCGAGUACGUCUCCGCCCUUCUCUCUCUGACCCAACUCCAUCCUUCUCUGUUAUCUCUAACAUCCGCCCUUAUCCUUUCUUAUACUUCUCUUUUCUGCUCCCAUGAAAUUCCCCACGACCGACAUUCCCUUUAUACUCUCCAGCUCUUCUCCUCCCACCUUGACUGCAUUUCAUUUCCAGAUUUGGCCUCCAUCAUCGACACAAUUCUGUGCUAUGUCCACCAAAUUAUCAAUUCCGAUGAUUCUCACAUUCUAAUUCUUCUGUCCAAUUGCCUUCGGUUGAUAAAAACGUCCAGUGAAGUGGAUAAACCUAUCCAUUAUUUUAAUUCUGCUAUCGAUAAAAUGCUUAGUUUUAACUGGGGCAAUGUUUUUAUGUUGAAAAUGGUGGAAAUUUUGAGCGAUUUCCCCCUUCUCUAUAAAGAUAAGGAAAGGGACUUUUUGAAUAAAGUCUUCAGUGGAAUGAAAAAUGUGGAAAUACAAGACCUGCCUGGGCUUGUUUAUCAGUUGCUUAUAUUAGCAUCAAAAGGUUUCGGGAAGAGGGAAGUGGUUGAAGGUAUCGUGAUGCACUUCGGGGAGAAUUUAGCAGGGAAGUGGGGCUCUAUAGGUCGGCAAGUUGAAGGAACAGUGUUGCUUCAUGUGAACUUUGCAGUCAAACAAGACCCAUCUUUGGGCCAAGAAGUUUUGGCCCUCGUCAGAUCAGAUUGUUGUGCGUUUAACCAUUUUGCUGUUGCGGUUUUGUUGUCAGUUGCUAGGAUUAGAAGGUUCACUGAGCGCACAAUGGGAGUCCUGAAAACAGCUUUGUUUGCCGCUUAUAAAGACUCCAGAUUUGCUCUAGGUUGCAAAUGGCUGUCAGAUGAUUUAAAGGAAGAGUAUUUAAAGACGGCUAGAGUGAUGGAGAAAGCAUUGCUAAGAACUGUUAAUGAGAGCAACGGUGGAGGAGAGCACGUGGUGCCCAGCAUUGUACAACUUGGGUUUUUGUUGCUUGAAGGGGUUGAAAAAGAAAUCUGUAAAGACUUUAACAAGAUAGAUGGCAUUAUGGGUCCUGAGGAACUAUUUAAUGAGGUUCUCAGAAGUUUAUUUGAAAUUCAUGAUAUGUCUAGAAAUGAGAUAAUUGAGCAAUGCAAGCUUCGCAUUCUGUCUUUGAAUCCUGAACAAGGCCUUCUGAUCAUAAGAUUGAUUGGUUGUCUUAUCCGGAGGUAUUUAUAUCCGAUGUUGGAACAUGUUUCACAUCUGAAGGCAUUAUUGGAUUAUUAUGCAUUCAUGAAUGGCAAUGUGUCCUCUCAUUUGGUUACUGCCCUUUUACCUCUCAUCAAACAAAGUCGUGAUCUCCAGGAUUAUAUCAUUCUGGUCUUGCGUAAAGCUAUGUUCAGAAGAGAGGAGUCAGUUCGCUAUGCAGCAACCAAUUCCAUUAUUGAUUUGGUAUUGGGAGAAAAACAAUCUCAAAGAGAUGAGACAAUUUCCUUGCAAGAAUCAAGCAGUCAAGCUAGUUGUAGCCAGCAGCAGCCUGAAAUUCUAUGUGCUGCUGGAUCUGGUCUAUUCUGGGAGCUCAAUGGAUUGCUGCAGAGAUGCCUUUUUCAGCAGGCAAAAGUCAGAAAGAUUCUUUACUAUGGGCUGGUAAAGCUUGUUUUGGUGGAUCCCUUAUCGGCUGGCUCUGUUUUCGACUUUCUCUUGCCUCACUUCUUUCAGUUUUACAAGAAGGAUGCAGAUGUUCAGUUGGAUGUCUACAAAUGUGUUAAAUCAGAAACUGGGAAAAUUUAUAUCGAGGAGCCACUGGAUUGCCUUCUUUCCUGCAUCUCUUGGAUUCUUCUUCUCCAGCCACAUUGUAAAACGAACCAUUCUUCAAAUUCAUGGGCUUCUUUAGGCUUCUCGCUGACACAGGAGAACGAGCAGGCAGAAAGAGCAUGGUCUGCGGAGUCAAUGUCAAAUGCAUUGUCAAACAUACGGAAGAUUCUGAGAAAGGGAGACUUUGAAGGCUUACUAGGUAGAACUAAAGAUGCCGGUUCUACACCUGUAGAAGAAGAAAAACACAAAUGCGCGUCAUUGAUUUUGUCAGGGAUCAUUGAAGUGAUGCUCAAUAUCAUUAUCAAUGAGUUUGGCAAAGCAACUGAUGCAGAAAAAAUGGAUUUGGAGAAGGAGCUAUUUGAGUUUGUUAUAAUUCACAACUCAUUGAGAAAAAAUUUGCAUACCACUAGGCAGAGUGGUGGGGUGAAAAGGGGAUCACUGCGCCUUUCAGCUAAUGAUGGCUCUGAAAAGCUUGAUCUGAGUUGCACUAUAUUGUCUGAGGAAAGAAUAGCUCUAUUGGCAACCUCUGCGAUCUGUCAGCUACUGUAUACUGCUCAAGAAUCAUGGAAGCCUGUGGCCCCCGAAAACCAUAGCCAGCCUUCCUCCGGAAAGGAUUCAGUUCCACAUGUUAACAUUUUUUCUUUUGCUUUAGAACUUUGCAUGCGCCAACUGAAAUCCUACACUUGUGCGGCCAAAGAUGACCCAAUGAGGAUGUUGAUCUAUGGUGACAUCAAUCAAUUGGGACCCCCAUUGCUGAAGAUGGCUUGGUUUCUCUUCUCAGCGUCAGUUCCUGACAAAGUUAACAAGAAGGGAGCCCGUGGGAAGAAAGGUUUUGAUGGCAAGAAGGAAUACCUCCAAUCCGUACUAGCGUGCUUGGAAGAAUUGAUAAGAAUAAAUCUUUUCCACUCUGGAUAUUUGGAUCUAAUGGAUGAUCUGGUGUCCAUCCCUGUCCCAGGAGAUGUUCUAAGAAGUGAUGCCAACGAUGGUCCAAAUGAUGAAUAUGAAGUUGCUACCGAUGUGGUUAUGAAAAGUGAUGAGCUAUUCAUUCAAAAGAGUAUACGACCAUUGCUUUAUGAGCUACUUGUGCAUUCUUUCUUCCAUGAAGUUAAGGUGCUUUCAGACAUUAUGUGUUUAAUUGCCACUAAAUUGCCUGAGGAGGGGAGGAAUCGUGUUGGCAAUUGGGCAAGGGGUAUCUGCAAAAGAAAAAAGAUAUCAAAUCCCAAGGUUGCUAAAAGUAUUGCCAACCUUGCUUUGACUUUAAGCUCAGCACCUAAUGACUUGAUUAUUGCCCAAGAAAUGGCUGCCGAGCUCUUGACGGUUGUUGGGAAAGAGUCUAGUGAUCUGCCAGAGACAUCUUAUUAUAUCAUUAACAAAUCUACUAGCGCAGAUAUUGCAUCAAUCAUACUGCAAUUCCUUGAUUCAACCAUCACUGACAUUGAAUGGAUCGGCAUCAAGUUGAAGGAACGCUCUUGUUCAUAUAAAAGACACAUAUCUAGUCAACAAUGGGGUGAAAAGGCAUCGGAGUUAGUUAUUGAAGAAACACUAUAUUCAAGAGCAGAAGCUGUUGUAAACGUGGCAUCUUUCUUUGUUUUGAUGAACCUGGAAGAAGCUGAGGCAGAAAAGCUUUUGAUGUUGGCUGCAAGGUUUUACAAGAAUUUAGCUCGGAUAACAAAGCUCCACUCUGCUUCCAAAGGCUGCAAGCAACGCUUACCCAGCCUCAAGUUCCAGAAACUUGUGGAAGAAACUUUCAGGCAGUUAACAGCUCCUCUGUACAAUUUUGUAGCAGAUAUGCAAACGAAGCAGCAAGAGAGUGAAAAAGGCAAAGGAAUUGUGAAGAAGAUAAAAAGGGAAAACAGAUGCAUCCCUGACUUGAUCUACCAGAUAGAAGAUUGCGAGAAAUAUCUUAUUCAGCUUAGCAAGGCAAGCAAAGUGAAUUUGUUGAGGCAUGCAAAGCGUAGCACUUGCAGGGACUUCAAGAUACACUUCUCCAUGGAAGGGGAAGAUGGUAAUGAUGAUAAUGAAGUGGUUGCUGAGACUGAAUCAUCAUCAGGUGAAGAAAAUGAAGCUGCAGAUUUGGGCGCUGUUGAUAGAGGAGAGGAAGGGGAACAUCUGGCCAAUGUGGAGGACUUAGAGUGUGAGGAUGACGAGGUUGAAGAGGAGGCAGAACUAGAUGAGGCUGCUCUACACAGGGCCAAGAGAUCGAAAGCCAGAAUUGUGGAAGACUCAGAGGAAGACUGACAUAGUGACAAGGCUGUGAUGAAUGAAAGGAAGGAGGGAAUGGGAUGCAUUUAUAUGGGUUAAGAAGAUGAAGAAGAGAGGAGCUAAUAGGUUGAGGAAUUUGAGGUUGAAAAUAUGUGACAGUUAGAAAGGAGCCAUAGUUUUCUCUUCACCAGAAACUAAAAAAUGCAUGUGUGUGGUAUGCAUGCGUGCAAUUAAGGAUGGAAUGUUGAUUAAGAUCAAGGAGUAAACCAUAAAUAAAUGAGUAAUUGUUCGUUCAUGUAUGUUAUUCCUUUCGCGCUGCGUUAAGACCGUCCCAUUUUUUCUUCGUCCAACUAAAUUUGUUUCAUAAAAUUUGGUACCGUUUGUGUAUUACAUUCUAAGUUAUUCUUACUUUAACAAUUUAAUAUCAAUCACACUCAUUCUUCUUAAUAA